AUGCGCGGGGUGGGGUGUGGGGGGGUCACACACAAGGCGCGGAGCGGCGCGGAGCCACCCACCCCCUUACCGCCGGCGAGCUGCUCCUCCGCGCCGGGCGAGGGGCCUGCCGAGCCUGCGCACAGCGGCGGCGGCUCUGCCCAGCUCCCGCCGAGGACAAUGGGUGGCCUCUGGUCCCUCCGGAUGUGUCCCUGCCCUACCCCGAGUCCCCGAGCCCUGCUCACCCCCCUCCAUCGUCCCGCCCCUCGCUCGGCUCCUCAUCCCCAACCUCCCCCGCCGCGUCCUUUGUCCCCUCCCCGCGUCCCGGCCCGCCCCUCGCCCCCCGCCCGGCCGGGGAGCCGGCGCUCAGCCCCCCCCAGCGGGAGGCGGCGGGCGGCCGAGGCUGCCGCUCCACUCGCCAUGGACCUUCUGGCUGGAGGAGAUUUCUGGAGUGUCUACAACAACCUUCCUCCUGUGACAAAUUUGCCUCCAAUAUGCAGUUACCAUUUAAUGCAAGGUGAAGGACAGACCCUUUGGUAUGGAGAGGAAAGCAAUGCCAAAGGAGGUAUAUGGACAAUGAAGGUCCCUAAAGAAAGUACAGCUGCAGUUUGGGAAGAGCUACUGUUAGCAACUACUGGACAGCAGUUCACAGGCUGGUGUGCAGCAGGUAAUUUAAAAAUGAUUGAGGCAAUCAUGACAGAUUGAGCUUGAACACAGAACAUGGAAACCCGAACACAGAAACAUG